UUUCCCAGUUUCCUUUUUAGAUAUAUUAAGUGCAAAGGUGAAUUUUGUUUUGCAGUAUGUGUGCGCUUACGUUUUUGUUUUUAAAGUACAUCGCUGUGUAGGAGUGCUUCGGAGAAGUUUAGAAGAUAUACUGUCAGGUUGUGGCUGAAAGUGUGUUGCUCCUUUAUUUUGGUAGCCAGGAGAAGUAGAAUUGGAAAGACGUGAUGAUGCGAACUGCUGAUGAAGUGAAGGCUACACUAGAGACUGCAAAACUGAAACAAGAGGAAUUAAUGCCAACUGUUCACUGCAUGUCCUUCAGUGAAAGUAUUACAUCUGGUGAUUAUUGUUUGUUGGAGUUAAAUGAUGUACUAUGCAAACACCUCGAAAGUGGGAAAAGCCUAGUCAUUAAGGGUGACAAAGAUGAACAUGCGGUUCUGUGCAGUGAAGAUAAGACAUAUGAUGUGAAAAUAGCAGACACCUCAAAUUUACUAAUUAUUAUCCCUGACUGUAAAACUCCCGACCAGCUAUCUGAUGAUCAGAGUAUUCAAAGUCUUGUUCACACACAAAUCUAUGGUUUGGCCAAUAAUUACUGGGAGUUAAGAAAAUGUCGACCAAAGAUGAAGAAACUUAAAAAGCUCCUUAUGGAAAAUCCAUAUGAAGGACCAGACAGUAUCAAAGAGAAAGCAUCUGAGGGGUUGAAGUACACCAUAGAAGACUUGUUGAACCGGAUUCAAGCUAGUGAGCGAGAGUUAAUGGACCAUUUACAUGUUAUACAUGCUUGCAAAAUUGAAGGAUACUGGAGAAUUCCUGACUUUGAUUAUGAAAUGAAGCUCUUGAAUCACAUCACACAGCUAGUGGAUUCAGAAUCCUGGUCUUUCAGUAAAGUCCCACUAAAAGUAUGUCUUGAAGAGCUUGGGAUUCUCGAACCAAAAGAAAUGAUAGAGCAUUGCCUUGACUGUUACGGAAACAGAUACACUGAUGAAGCAGGAGAAAUCUAUUUUGCACUGAAUGAAGAUAAGGUGUGUCGAGCCAUUGCACAGAUGCUUUUGCAAAAUGUAGUGAAGUUUAAUUUGUCUGAAUUCCAGGAAGUAUGGCAACAGAGUGUACCUGAAGGAAUGACUACCAGACGAGACCAGCUCAAGGGUUUGGCUCUAGUGGAUCUCAGUUCUAGACCUGAGACAAUCUUUCUACUGAAGGUGGAGGACUUAUCCGAGGAUACUGUGGAACGUUUCACUAGCUUGUUUACACUUAGACAAAAGUGGACAGAAGCAGACAUUUCCCCAUAUAUACAGGAUUUAUGUGGGGAGAAACAAACAAUUGGAGCUUUGCUGACCAAAUAUGCCCGAUGUUCCAUGCAGAAUGGUGUAAAAGUAUACAAUUCAAGAAGACCAGUUUCAUGAGCACAUGUAGUUGCAUCAUUUAUUCAUCUGUGAAAUGACUGUUGUUUAUUUGUAUAUUUAUAUAUAUGAAAGAGUUAUGUUUUUUUUGUAGUUUAAAGAAAUACAUUUAAUUACCAUUGCUAACCUGAUUUUUCUUUAAAUUAUUUUUUGAGCUGUUAUGAUUUAUAUUGUCUGCAAGACAAAAUGUGUGCUUUUUCCUGUAGAUGGAAAAAUGAUUGCAUGGCCUGUUAUUAACAUAUACUUGCUUUAGAGCCUUUUGAUAACACCAUAACCACUUUUGGUUAUCAAGAUCUGGCAGCCCAGAUUCAAUUGUUUGUGCUGCCGAACAUUAGCUUUCAUGACACUGUAAGUGUGAUUGAAUUGUUUGGAUUUCAAUGUUUAUUUCUAGGUAAAAAGAUGACUUCAUGUCUAUCUCCUCAUACAGUUGUGAUCUGACUUGCUACGAAAAGUGUUACGGCUCUACAGCCUGUUAUGUCUGGCUGUGGAAUAUUGCAGUUAUGGCUCUACAGCUUGUUAUAUCUGGCUGUGGAACAUUGCAAAGCCAGCUGUUUGGCAUCUUGCUACAGAUGAAAAGAGUGGUACUGUACAGUAACGGGCAUACUGAUGUUACAACCAGGGUAUCCUGCAUACAAAUUGUAUAACAAAACAGAUUAUUGGCAUCAUGGCUACAUAUCUACAAGCUUUGCCAUUUCAUAAUAGCUACUAUGUGGUGUUCGGUCGUAAAAGAAUUCAGUGUAAAUAUUAAAGAUGUGCCAGAUAUCAGAAUUUACCAGGAGUGUACUCUGUGGCAUACCCCUGAAAAGAAGAGCAAAGGAACCAAUUAUAAACAUGAGGUAUGUGCAGCAAGAGCAGUACAAUAAAAUGGUGGUUGCAGUAGGACAUCUCGUUACAACUGUAAACUCUAUGCCUCCUCUCU